GGAAGUGUCAUCAUAUGAGCGCCCUGUAAGACAAAUUAUUUUUCCUCUGGCAGUGAGCAUAAGGAAUACUGUGUACGCCUUGGUAACCACACAGUGUUCUUUGAAACAAGUACCUUUAUCAAGAAUACAGAGAGUAGAAUCAAGCCCUGAACAUUAUGUCUAGUGCGUGCUAUUUAAUUAAAAUGCUUCUCCGUCGAGUGCAAUUGCGACGGCGUCGCUUCGCUUCUAUAUUGCUGAUCGUUUCCAGUGGUAUUUGGUUCGUUCUGUAUUUCGAUGCCUAUGCGUCAUUUUUUGGUUCUACUUCUACGUUUCCAAGGACUAGAGUAAAGUUUGUGAAACACAUUGGAAACUCAAGUUCCGCUUGCCGUCUGCCGAAUUUGGAUCCAUUUCACCCCAGCUUGAUGGAAUUUAUGAAAGAUCUUGGCAAGCUUCAGUGUAAUGGAGAGAGAUAUUCGAACUUUAAAAAAAACGUUCUCGAAGUGAAAGGAGAAGGAAUAUCUUCUGUGCGAUACCGUAUUAUUGGACGACCACGCGGAGAUGAUUUCCACGCUGAACUAUCCGAACCUAUCGAUUUGAAGAAUGAUGCGCUUCCAGAGCAGAAGCAACGAAAGGCAAAUCUGUGGUCGAGGUUCAAGUCAUGGCUCCCAUUUUCAAGUAAUUCCAGGACAUUUGUCGGAAAAGCAACAGUGAAAACUGACUUUGUGCGAGUGGAUGUGGGCAGGACAUGGGGAAGAACUCAAACGGACAUGCUCAUGCAAGUGUCUCCUAAAGAGGAGGUGUUAACAAGACCUCUAAAGCCUGGUGGUAUUCCACUCGAUGUCGCUCUGAUUAUGUUGGACUCCGUUUCCAAUGCUCAGUUCAGAAGGAAGAUGCCUCACACUUUGGAGUAUUUGAACGAGCAACCGACCACUGUUUUUCUACAAGGAGAGACAAUUGUUGGGGAUGGAACAACAGCCCAGUUAUCGGCUAUACUCACUGGAAUACCUGAAAAGGAGCAACCUGAAGCAAGAAAGAGUGAGCCUAAUGCCGAGUCAGUUGACAAAUGGAGGUGGAUUUUUAAAGAUUUCAAAGAAAAGGGAUACGCGACUUUAUUCACAGAGGACGCAGCAAAGUUUGGCAUGUUUACCUACCGUCUUCUCGGGUUUAAAGAGCCACCUUCAGAUCAUUAUGGCAGACCAUUUUGGUUGGAGGCCAUGAAAGUACGUGAUAAGUAUUGUCAAGGUAGCCAAGCUGUCCAUAACAUUUCACUGGAAUAUCUUUUGAGUUUUUAUCGUGAGUACAAAGAUAAGCGGAAGUUUUCUCUUCUAGCAAUGGACUUAUGCCAUGACGAUCAAAGUGCCUUAGGUUAUGCUGACGAAGACUUGAAGAGCUUUAUAAAAAAGUUUGACGAAGAAUCCUUUUCAACGAAUACUCUUUUAAUUAUAUUUGGUGAUCAUGGAGCUAGAUUCGCUGCCCAAAGAAAGACAAUCCAAGGAAAGCUAGAGGAAAGACUUCCAUUUCUGUCUCUAACAUUUCCUAAGUGGUUCAAAGAGAAGUACCCAGAUUUAUACAACAAUUUGAUCCAUAAUUCCAAAGUACUCACCACUCCCUUUGACGUGUACGCCACCCUGCGUCACAUCCUUUCGUAUCCAAGUUAUCCGAGCGGGAUAACAACUGGCCAAAGCCUGUUUAACAGGAUCGACAAAGAGAACCGCACAUGCGAAAAUGCAGGUGUUGAAGAACAUUGGUGCCCUUGUCUGAACUUUGAAGAAAUUUCAACCGAUGACCCUUUGAUAGAGAAAUCUGCUGAACUUAUAAUUAGUCAUAUAAAUAGUUUGAUGUUUCAGAAGCACUCGGGAUUGGGAAAGCUGUGCCACGAGCUUGUUUUAAAGGAGAUAACGCACGCUUAUCGGGACAUGCCAAGCGGAAAAUUGCAGUUCUUUAAAAAGACACAUCGCGAUGAGAAAUGUGAUUCUUGUGGAUUGUCGUACGGUGACAAAUCAGUUAAUACCUUAGCGAAGAACACCAUGUAUCACUUACAAUUGGCAACGUCGCCAAAUGAUGCAUUUUACGAAGCGACGGUUAAAAUGAAGGGCGGCGAGCCUUCAUUAAUAGGAGACAUCAGUCGUAUCAAUGCCUAUGGAGAUCAACCGCACUGUAUCAUGGACAGAGUUCCACUUUUACGGAAGUAUUGUUACUGUUUGCGGCAGCGGUCGAGAUGAUUACUUUUGCAAUGAGACCUGUUUUUAAUGAAUUUUUAAGGCUUUUUUAUAUUAAUUUAAACCCGCGGUGAAUAACUGAAUAACUGACGGUGAAUAACUGACAAGGCGAACUGGCUAGCGGAGGUGACCAGGCAAAAAUUUGACAACAAAAGAGUUAACCUUCGUUAACAAGUAACCCGGAGUCGUGUGAAAAAGCGCUAAAGAUAAGUAGGCUAUUUGUGAUUGUUGUAGAAGUAUUUAAUAGCGUUUAUUUAAAAAAGAAAAAGAACAUCCGAAAAUUACCCAAGGCAAACAGAUUGCCAAAAAUCACAUGUUUUAGAAUAACACAGGGGCCUUGAUAAGGAACUGCGUUGAUAGUGAAAGAAAUAGAGGAUAUUACAUGGCCACGCGGGGAUACGAAUUUUAUCUUCGAGUGCUGUAAGGAUCUGUCGCGGCGGCGGUGUUUAUUUUAUAGAUACUGAUGAAAUUUCCACAUAAAAUACAACUUUUUUUAUUCAUUUUCGAAACAGCAAA